CCUGUACGAAAGUUAACUUGGAGAAAAUGUUUUGACUGCUUUCCAUGUUACCUUAAGAAAUUUUAACAGACUAGCAAGUUAAAUUCGUUGUUGGUAGACAAAACCUGUCUGCUUUUUAAGGACUGUUGUAGAAAAUAUUGACAAGUCUGCUCCAGACUAUACUGGUGGACUAAUAUGUUUUUGACAAGACGUGAGAAUGAGCAACUUCUGACCAUACCCAAGGACAGGUCUGUGUUUGCCAGAUUGCUGUGUUAAAGAUCAUAUCAGAACUGAACUGACCUUAUGCGUAUGAUUCUAUUUUCCAGCAACGUUCUAUACUCUUUAGUGACUUUAAUUAUACACAAAAUUCUGUUUUGCAUUUUAUAUUCUUGUACAUAUACCAUAAUGGCUUUACAAUUUUGCGCUUGUUGAUCGACUUAUAUAGAAUCACGUAUCAUAAAAGAAAGGAAAGUAAUGGUUAUUCUUUUCAUUUGAAGGCGGAAUAACAAGUUAUCCAACGUAUUGGAAGAAUGUGUAUUUGAUGGGAUAUUAACAACAUUGCUCAGGUGCUUUGUACCCCGUUCUGACAGUCUAAACUUUCCUUAAUAUAUAUAUACUAUGUAGAACUUGGAUUUCACGUACUUUUCAAUGAUUUGCCUUGGAUUUACAAUUUUAUUUUCGACGGAAUGUUCAAAUGAAUGUUCUACAGUACCCGGAUAUAUAAGACGUAGUAUAAUUUUGAGCAUUCUCAAUUUAGUAGAACCAACUUUACCGAUUAAUGAUACCUAGGACGUUAUAUAUCAUAUACUGACACUCAGUCAGUCAAGUAUGAUAUUUCCAGACGAAACCGCUAUAUAUAGUUAUAGGGCAAACCCCAGAUUUCAUCCUAAAAUUUAGGAGAUAUCAGGUUGCAACAAUUAAUUGAUGUUAAUAUAUUACAACCUCUUAUCAGCUUGAUCUGAUGACUUGUUUUGUAACUCUUAUCUGUAACCAUGGUAAUCAGAACAUUGACCACAAGAAAAAUAGAUGUGUACACUGUACAAAAAAAUUGCAAGACAUACGAGUGUACUUGUAUUACAGACAGGCAGCUAAUUUAAAGACUGGUUACCUUGGACAUCAUGGUACCAUGUAGGUAAGAGCAAGCUAAAGAAGUAAAACCAAGCUUUCAAUCGGUACAAUUUUGGUGGAAAAUUACCUGGUUCCGAAUGUAUACACAGUUCCGAAUGUAUACACAAACAACAACAAAUUCAUCGUAAAGAGAGAAUACAGCAUCAGCAUUCUCAAGCUCUCUGAAAAAAUCAGAAACCCGUAUGAUCAGCGUACAUCAUAUUUUUUAUUCACAAAUGGAUGCAUGACCGAACAUGCUAUGAUUCAUUUAGAUAAGGAUUAAGAUGUCAAUUUACGGUUCACAUAGCUCUCGCUUAUCUUACUUUUUGACAUCGGCCUGAUCUAUGCACCAUCAGUAACCUGACGUUCGUCUUUCUUUUGAUGAUUUCAUAAUUAGAUUUUUGAGACCAGUUUAACCAUUCUUUAGGAUAUUUAUAUUUGAAUAUACCAAGGUCUCCGGUAUUAAUAUGACCAGCAGGACUAAAAUGGCAGUGGUUAUUUACAUUCAAAGACUGAUGAUAAAAGAAUGGCAUGCACAUAUGUACAAAAGAUGUUUAUCUGGAAAUGUGUGUUGCUAUUUAUGUGUCAAAGAUAAAAAGAUGAUAAGAGUAUGUAGACGUGAUGAUCUGUAUGCAUAUUCAGCGGUAGCAAAGCCGAGUGCAGACUGGACAAAGUACAUCUCAAUUAUCAUAACAUCCUGGUGUAAAAGAACGAAGACACAGUUUAACUGCUUUUUCGACCCUUCAAAUAAAACUGUUCAAACAGUUAAAGCUACUUCUAAGGAAAUUCCUUCAAUUUAUCGAGCAAAAUUGGUUGCAUGUCAAUAUGAAUGCAAGUUAGAAAAUACCUUCCAACAAAUAAAAGGCUAUGUCAGCGAAGUCGGCCUUAGUCCAUUAAAUGAUAUCCAGGCAGACACUUGUCCACAAAUAACCAAAGUUGUAUAUCCAACCAGACAUGCCGGUAAGAUGGCUAUAUGUUCUAAAAUGGCCUAUGGUACAAAGAAGGCAAUACAUUUGAUUGAAUGGUUUGAAUACAAUCGACUGAUGGGUGUAGAUCGAAUCAUAACAAUGGUCCAGUUGAUAAAUAGAGAUGCAUUUCAAGUGCUAAAAUACUACAAGGAAAAAGGAGUGUUAGACAUGGACCUUUUUCCCUCGCCAUUGCCAGGAGAAAGCACAACUGCCAAUGCAAACUGCUCCAUAAAGGAUAGAACUGAAUGUUUUAAAAACUUCAGCAAUGAUGAAUUAAAAGAUAUUCCAUGGAACUUUUUUCGUCGACCUACACCAAAAGGUGAGCAGGAUCAAAACCUAGCAAUAGCACAUUGCCAGCAGAAACUUCAAGGAUAUGACUUUGUGGCGAAUAUUGAUUUUGACGAAUUCAUAGUGCAGUCCAACCUUGCAAAUGUUAAGGAAUAUUUCAAGGACACACUACUGCCAAAGUAUUCACACGCCUCUGGAUUUACAUUGAACGAGUCAUACUUCAUGAAAAACUGGGGAAUCUCUGGAGACGGAUUUCUUCAAAUGACACAAUAUAUAAAAACAGUAAAUCCUCGAUAUGUAAAUUAUAAAAAUGUUUAUAUCCCUAGUAGGACGGAAAGAUCAACUACGCACGAUUUUUAUUCAAAACCCGGAUUUAAAAGAAUAUAUUUAAGAAAUCAUCAUAUAGUUAUAAAUCACUACAGACUAUGCCCAAAGGUUGCAUACUGGAAGAACUGCAUGAGCAUGGCCAGAUACGAAGACAUAACUAUGUUACAAAUAAGAAAAGAAAUGGAACAAAGAGUCCUUAAAGUUAAAAGAGAGAUUGGACUGACAUGAUUACAAUAUUUGUGAAGAUUGUAUAAAUCAUUUGUGCUCUCUGUUAAACAAAUAUCAAACCUUCGACAAAAUAACAUGAAAUUUAUUCUAAUGCAAUUUAAAUGUAUUAAUUUUGGCUAACAUUUGCCAUCAAAUCCACGGUUGACCUGUCGUAACUAAAGAGGAAGUCGCCAUAUGGAAUUGCCUGGAUCAACAAAUGUGUGAUUACUAGAAUAUAUUCGAAAGCAAAUCAACAUCUACCGCCUAAAAUGCGAUUUUGAUGUGAUUUAAUCAAAAAUUGAAUCGUAGAAGUAACGCAAUAUCCUUCAGUUUAAACAUUGUCUUGUGUAUGACGUCAGGUUUAGCAAAAUUUAUUCAAAUGUUAGAUAUUCGUUAAGUCUAACGUAUUAAAAUUUUUUGUAAUG